AUGACUAUCCAAAUCGAGCCCUCCGAGUUGGGCUUCAAGCGUCCCUUCAAUCAUGAAGUAUGCCAGGUUCUCCGCCUGAGCAACCCGAACGAGGAACCUGUGGUCUUCAAGGUCAAAACCACCGCUCCUAAGCACUACUGUGUGCGACCUAAUUCCGGCCACAUCGAGGCGGGCAAGACUGUCGAAGUCCAAGUGUUGCUUCAGGCUAUGAAGGAGGACCCCGCUCCGGAUGCCAAGUGCAAGGAUAAGUUCCUAGUUCAGGCCGUCCCAGUCUCCCGUGGCUUGGAGGAUGCCAGCGUUGGCCAGAUUUUCGAUCAAACUCCCAAGGCCGAUGUGGUUGAGCGCAAGAUCCGAGUUGUCUACCUAGCAUCAGAUGCCGCUCCAGCGAACGACUCGGUGCAUGAUGAGGAACCUCCGGCGUACACUUCUCCUGGCGGCGCAAACUUCCAGACCCCGGCUCCCAAAAAGAUCGACUCCGAUGAACCGUCCCCAAUUCCUGCUCCCGAUUUCUCCGAGAAGAAGUCCCAGUCUCCCCAGCGCGAGCCCGCAUCUGCCAUGUCAAAUGCCCGAUCCGCUGUUGCCAAUGCUCUUCCCUCAAGCGACGAACUCAAAUCCCAGCUGUCCGAAGCCAACGCACAGAUCCAGCGACUAAAGGACCGACUUGCAGACCAAGGACUGCGGCAGCGGAAGACCGGCGGAGAGGUUACCGGCAAGGCUGUGCCAGCCGCCAUGCAGCAGUCACAUGGGCCAACGGCUGGCGGAGUUUCGAUCCAAGGUGUAGCAUGCCUCUGCCUGCUCAGCUUCUUGAUCGCGUACUUCUUCUUCUAA